AUGGCAUCUCACAAUGUGCCAUCGACCGCUCCUCGACCGGCGGCUUAUGGGGGAUCGGUCCCAAUAGUUGAUCCUUCGGCACCUGUUGGAACCUUUGCACCAGGAACAAAAAUACAAGUCGGAAGUCAUAAGGUCGUCAUUCAGAAGUACUUCUCGGAGGGAGGUUUCGCCCAUGUCUACCUUGUUAAGAUGCCGAAACCCAUCGAUGGGACAGAUAUUGCGGUAUUGAAACGAGUCGCGGUCCCCGAUAAGGAACACCUGGCAAAUAUGAGAACCGAGGUAGAAACAAUGAAGAAGUUAAAGGGACACCGCCCAAUCGUCACGUAUUACGAUUCACAUGCGUCACAACUAAAGGGGGGAGGAUAUGAGGUAUUCUUACUUAUGGAAUUCUGCAAUGGGGGUGGUUUGAUCGAUUUCAUGAAUACUCGACUUCAAAACCGGUUGACCGAACCAGAGAUUCUGAAGAUAUUCUCCGACGUGGCAGAAGGUGUGGCAUGCAUGCACUACCUCAAACCCCCCCUUUUACAUCGAGAUUUGAAAGUCGAGAAUGUUCUCAUAACUUCCACUGGUCCCUCUCGAAGAUACAAGCUUUGCGAUUUUGGUUCCACCGCACCUCCUCGACCCGCCGCUACGACCGCUGCGGAAUGCAGAUUGAUCGAAGAUGAUGUUCAGAAACAUACAACAUUACAAUAUAGGAGUCCUGAAAUGAUAGAUGUAUACAGGAAACUAUCAAUUGAUGAGAAAUCAGACAUCUGGGCAUUAGGCGUGCUGCUAUAUAAGCUGUGCUAUUAUACCACACCAUUCGAAGCUCAGGGACAACUUGCUAUACUGAAUGCAAGCUACAAAUUUCCCUCAUAUCCAACAUUUUCGGACCCCCUAAAGAACUUAAUAGCAUCCAUGUUGAAAGAGAAACCAACAUCUCGUCCCAAUAUAUACCAGGUGUUACGGGAAUCAUGUCUCAUGCAAGGGAUCGAGGUUCCGAUUAAAGAUAUAUAUGCCGGAAGAACCGAAUCAGAAUCGCGGCGACACCAGCAAUUACCAACCACCGAAUCCUCGGCAUCACCUCCAAUUGUGGGAGCGGUAUUUGCGGCGCCGCCAACACAACAUCAAACAGUUAUCCCUGAUGUCAUCCCGAUGCGAAGGGGUAGACCCACGGGAGGCUCACAGCCACAACCCACAAAACCCAGUCCAUCUCCGAUGAGGGGCACAGCUAGUGAUCCAUUCGCUGCUUUGGAUUCAAAAGCUCCUGCUCCUAUUGUGGACGAAAUUUCCAAUCGAUUUCCAAGUUUAGAUCAGUUCUCAUUACUCCAUGAUGGAGGUAAAUUUGACUUUGGAUCAAGCUCGCCAGCAAAGGCAUCCCAGCCCAUUGGUAAACGAGUUACAGAAAGAUUAGCUGACGAUGCUUUUGCCAUGCCAAUCCUGCCGGGGUCAUCAACUUCGACCACCAAACCAUCUCGUGCUCAACAAAUUCUAUCCAGCAAUACACUAGAGCUUCAGACAUCAGACGUACCAGCACCCUUAACAUAUCAACCCACACCUACUCACCCUAGCGUGAAAGCAUCCUCGUAUGUAUCCCAAGGUACCAUGACGACACCAACCCCACCACCUUCAAGUAUACGACCGCCUACUUUCACUGCUUCGCCACGCCUUCUUCCAUCUGACCAUCAUCGAUCGGCUAGUUUACCACGAAAUCAACUUGCAACUCCAUCUAGGACACCGACUCUAGAACCACAGGAAUUUUUACCAGUGCAACCUGUUUUGCCUCGAAAUUCUUCAUACAAUCCGCAAUCCAAUCAUGCAAGACAUUCGUCGUCGUCCAGGCCGUCGCUCGAAAUGAGUAGACCAAGCAAUGAGGCACUCGAAAGCACAAUUUCUCGAACCAAGUCGGGUUUGAGUAGAUCACGUCCAUCUAGUCAAUACUUGGACUCCAACAUGGAUUUCCUUCGAGAAAAAGAAGGUCGCCCCUCAAUUGAUUCACAGAGACGUCCAUCAUAUUCAAGAGAUCUUGCCGUUACAGAUCCAAAUGACGAUGAUGUUCAAUCGAAUGUUGAUUUCCUCAAAUCAAUGGAAGAUCAUGAAAAGACCAAGAAAGAUAGACGUCGUAGCAGUGGUUCAAAGCCAUCUAAACGUUCCAGUAUGCCAUCUAUAUCAUUAUCUGGCACCAAAAAUCUAUUGGCUGGCAAAUUUGGGGAUGCUUUCAAACGAUUUGAAAAUAAUGCCAAUGUUCCACCUGGUCCAAGGACUCCAAGUCCAUUACAUGAUCUUGACCGACAUGACCUAACACCGAUAGCUGGAUCCGAGGCCACAGAUGAUAGAAGUGACGAUGGGAAGAUGGACGACAAUAUGACACCAGAGCAAAGACGAGAGGUUGAGCGACGAAGGUUAUCAAUCGAAGAGAAACGUGUUAGUGAUGCAGCAGCCGAAUAUCGGAAGCGAUUUGCAGAUCGUGGUGGCGCACCUGCCCCAAAGAGUAUCGGUGGUGUGACUCGAGCUGCAAGUAUCCAACACAAAGUCAAGAGUCUCUUAGACGAGAAUAGCCAACAACCUUCCCCAAAGAAAGUAGCAGAAGGUUAUGGAAGAUAUACAGAUAUACCAGGCCAGCCCAAUCCAUUACCAACCGGAAACCCCUACGCCAAACCUUCUGUGAUACGCAAACCGGCCCAAACUUCUAUUCCAUCAUCUGAUCUCAAUUACAUCAAACCUCGUCCUCAACAAACUCCCUCUCAACCUCAAUUACCAAUUACCAAAACAGGGCCAAGACCAAACGCUCCUCCUAAACCCACACAUCUCAACAGUAUGAACACGGGAGGUAGUUUGGGUAUCCAAGGUUCACCGCCUAAGUCAUCAUAUUUAGCAAGUAGAGGGGAGAGCGUUGUUCAACCAAGACCUGACAUGACAUCACAAGAAAAAGAAGAAUAUAUUGCGGAUUUUAGUAAGAGAUUUCCGAGUUUAAGUAGUAUUGAGAUGGUAGAGAGGGAGAUUGAUAAGGAAGGGGAGCACGGAGGGCGAAUGGGUUUAGGGAUGGGUGUGGGAGGAAGGAGAGAUGAUAGGCCGAGAAUCACGAAGGAUCUGUAG